UGUCAUUCUGAUUGCGUAAUACUAAAAUCGGCUACGCAGCUGUUCAAUAUUAUGGGAAUUCCCCAGGCAUCAGGAACGGACAUCCUUCUCAGUGAAUCAUCCUCUUUUAGGAGAUAUUUUGUUCGUGUGAAUUAUUGACAAAUUUAAAUUUGGAUAGCAAAGAAAAACCAAUGGCACAGGGCCUCAUUAAUCUAGAAUAAUGAAUCUAGAAAAAAGCCCGCCUUACUUUAAAAGCAUCGCCAACGACCGUACCACGCUUUUUCCUCGAUAUGUUGCUGACGACUUUUUGUUCUGUUCUUUUGGUUGCGACGGCGAUCUGGGCCAAACGUAAAAAUAUAACAAUCGGGGGAAUCGUAGCCGAUAAAAACGCAUUACCGUUCGCGCUCCAUCGUACGGGACCAGCCAUUGAAAUUGGAAUAGAGAAACUACGAGAAAUCGUUGCAGACGAAGCUGAUGUCACUUUCAUUCUCAACGUCACUACAGAAUUCUGCGUGGCCGAUAUGGUAGGAGCAAUAGCAGCAGAGAUGUACUAUAAGCAUAAAGUAUCUGCAUUUAUUGGACCAGCUUGUAGCUCAGCAGUGGAUGUGGUAGGAAGAAUGGCGGGGUACUGGAAUUACCCAAUCCUGACUCCCGUCGGCACCGAUGACGAACUAGGCAACAAAAAUGAUUUCAGGACAUUGACAAGACUUGCUUUCAAUUACGAACACUUAGGUCGGUUUUACAGAAGUGUUUUUAGAGAGUUUAAUUGGACAGAUAUAACGGUCAUAUAUGAUGUCAUGGGAAAACGCCAAAUCCCAUCGAGAAACUUCAACAGACUGAUAGGAGAAAACCUGCACAAGGAAUUUGAGAAAGCGGGGUUAACCUGUACGCUUCUUAAGUUUGUAUCGGAUUCUCGAAAAGAUUACUUAGAUGUAUUAACAGCAGCUAACAGAACAUCUAGAGUGUUUGCGAUAUCCGGUGAUAGUGUUGCUCUCAGACAACUGAUGAUAGUUGCACAUUCCCUUGGGAUGCUGGAAGGAGAUUAUGUUUUCAUCUAUUUUGAGUCAUUUCGUGGUAACGGGAAUGGUAAUAUCCACUGGAAGAGAGGAGACCAAUAUGAUGAAAUUGUUAGGAAAGCAUACGAGUCUAUGAUGGUUGUUAGUUUGUUCAAACCAUCGAGCAGUCAGUUCAAAACGUUUGAAUCCAUAGUUAAAGAGAGAUCCAUGGAACUUUAUAAUUUCAGCUUUGAUGCUCUUCAGUAUGAGGUUAGUCCCUAUGUCACUGCCUUCUAUGAUGCAUUCACUGUAUAUGGCCAAGUUUUGAAAGAAACAAUUGAAGCUGACCAAGAUUACAACGACGCAAACGAAAUCAACCAAAGAAUGUGGAACAGGACCUUUGACGGGGUUGGCGGAUAUCUACGGAUCAACUCUAAUGGCGACAGAGAGAUGGACAUGAUGUUGUUGGAUUUGAAUCCUGAGUCGGGAGAAUUUGAAGCUGUGGGUUAUUUCUAUGGAUUUAAAGGAUAUUUUGAAUACGACAAAAAUAAUACAAUUCAUUGGCCAAAUAAUAGAGGUCCUCCCAAAAAUCGACCCACUUGUGGGUUUCUAGGAGACGCACCGGAAUGCCAAAUUGAAGAGUUUCCAUUGGUAUGGGUCGUAAGCAUUGUGUUUUCUGGUGUUAUAUUGAUCUUUGGAAUAAUCUCAGUAUUAGUUUACAGAAAAAUGAAAAAGGAGUCUGAAAUCCACAGCAACUGGUGGAGAAUAACGUGGGACGAUUUGACGUGGAUUGCUUACGCAAACAGCGAGGCUUCUAGUUUAGGAUGUUCCCUGGCAAAGUUAAAAUCGUUAGCUGGUGACGAAAUAAGUAUUGUGAAUGUGAAAUACAAAAACACAUUGGUAGCAACGUACAAGGGGACAAAAGUGUUUCUUUUCAAGUUCAAAAGAAAUUCAUUGCCCACUUCUGAAGAAUUUCUUAGAGAUUUACUGAAGCUCCGGACAAUCAAUUGUAAUAACCUGACGAAGUUCAUAGGUCUUACGGAAGGUGCAACAGGCAUUUAUGCAGUGAAUGAAUACUGUACACGUGGGGAUUUACGGGACAUCCUAAGCAAUGAUUCGUUUACACUCAAUUGGGAUUUUCGGGCAUCGUUAGUUUGCGACAUUAUUCAGGCAAUGGACUACAUCCAUAAUUCAAAUAUCAAAUAUCAUGGUCACCUGACUAGUAUGAAUUGUGUCAUCGACAGUCGCUUUGUACUGAAAGUUACAGAAUUUGGAAUACAGUCACUGCGGGAUUUCGACAUUGAUAUUACCAAAAAAGAAUCUCUCUGGGUUGCUCCAGAGGCCAUCCGUCAACAGAAUGCAGUGAAAAGUUUACAAGAAAUGCAAUAUGCAGAUGUAUAUAGUUUUGCAAUUAUUUUGUAUGAAAUUCUUUCACGCAAAGAACCAUUUGAGGAUGACCAAGAGUUCCUUACCUUUAAAGAGAUAAUCAUGAAAAUAAAGUAUGUGGAAGAGACGCCUUUCCGACCACGUUUAGAUGCCGAUUCUGACAAAGACAUGGUCAGUCUAAUGAGAAUUUGCUGGGAUGAAAACCCGAAAUCUCGGCCAACGUUUUCUACCAUUAAGAAGGAAGCAACACGUUUGAAAUGGGACAAAACUGGAGAUAAAUUUUUGGACAAUCUUCUAUCCCGCAUGGAAGAAUACGCAAACAAUCUGGAAGAUUUAGUCGAAGAGAGAACGCAAGCAUUUUUAGAUGAAAAGAGAAGAGCCGAAGAACUAUUGUAUCAAGUUCUACCUAGGUCAGUGGCAGAUGAACUAAAAAAUGGAAGAAUGGUAAACCCAGAGGCGUUUGCUUGUGUUACCGUGUAUUUUAGUGAUAUCGUCGGCUUUACCUCUCUUUCCUCAGAAAGCACUCCAAUGCAGAUUGUGGAUUUGCUGAAUGACCUUUACACCUGCUUUGACAAGAUUAUAGAAAACUUUGAUGUUUAUAAGGUCGAGACGAUAGGGGAUGCGUACAUGGUCGUAUCGGGACUACCUGUGCGUAAUGGCAACAAACAUGUGGAGGAAAUAGCCAAAAUGUCGACGAUAAUUUUAGAUAACGUCAAAAUUUUUAAAAUCCGUCAUAAACCGAACGUACAACUACGUGCUCGCAUCGGUUUACAUUCAGGUCCUGUGUGUGCUGGAGUUGUUGGGCGAAAAAUGCCUAGAUACUGUCUUUUUGGGGACACGGUAAACACUGCUUCACGAAUGGAAUCUACUGGAGAAGGAGCACACGCGUUUGACGCAGAUGCUAUUGCACAAGCAGCCUGUGCAGCUAGUUCCCCUGGUGGGUUUGUAUCUGCCAUUCGGAGGACAUGCAGCGGGACACAGGCUUCGUGUAAUACGAUUUGUAGCAAUGCCAUCAGUGGUAUGAGAGCAAUCUAUGGAAAUCAGGGAUCUACUACGGGAACUUGUUUCCAAGCAUUCCAUUUCUACUACAAGCAUGCUACUUUGAAACCGGAAGAGAAGGGGAAGGCAUUGCUUGCCAUGCAUAGAUACCGAGAUGGCUGUAACUCCACUAGCUGUGGCCCAAACUUCUGCUGUUGUAAAGCGUGAUCUGAUAACUAAGUAAAACGAGACUAUCACAUCUG